CUUCAAGAAGCCUCAAAUAAUAUUUCGUGGCAAAUGCUGCUAUUAUUCAUCCAUUUUGUUAUUACUCACAGGCAUGGAUAAAGUUUCUUGUGUGCAUGACCAUCCUUUCCAUUGUGGGGCUUUUCGUCACUGGGUUUUUCAAUGCACAAGAUGAUGAUGGCAAUGGAUUGACAUCGGGACUGAGCAAUUUACCGACAAAACAAAACUCUGUACUGAAGGUGUUUUUUCGACUGUGGUCGCUGAUAAUUGCUUACAGUGUUGGAUAUUUUGUAAGUGUUACAAUGUAUCUAUGUCUCGUCGGUGUGGUAGCUCUCACGUGGUUCAGUUAUCGCGUAGCCGGACAGCCUUUUACAGAUGCAAGAACCGUCGUGAUGCAAGACAUUAAAGCUACCUUAGAACUGCAGUCUGCUUUACAUAAUGUUAAACGUAAAACGCCACUGACGUGGCAAGGGAGAUUGCGCAGUGCAAAGCAUGGAGCGAAGAGGAGAUUCGUGGAUACCACAGUACUGAAAACUGUGGUCGAGGAGAAAUCACUGCAGUUAUCAGGCAAAAGGGCAUCAGGCAUAUCGGUCUUGGAAUCCGUGGUCAGUACGAGCAAGAAGAAAUCAAAUUUUCUGUUCAGCAUCAUCCAACUUCCAGAAGACAUUUUGAAAUCGAUAUCGUUUGCCAUACGCAUCCACAAGAUACCCAACUCACAAGUGGGGAAGUUCGUUGAAGACGUUGCUAACAAUCUUGAAUGUCUGAAUGAAAAAGAAAUGAAGAUUCAAAUCGACAGGUUGAGAGAGAAGGUUGGAGUCUUGUAACUCAUAUCAAUAGAUGAGGCAGCUCCUAUGCACAUAAAGUAUGGUUUGAGGGUUUUAACCCGAUAUUAUUACAUUACACCCACAUGUUCUGUAUCUAGAUUGGCCGAGAGCAAGUCACGUGAAAUUGUGUGUUUGCCUAUCGUGCUGCGCGUGACCAAAAAGUACGGAGCUGUAGUACGGACAUGGUGAAUAGAAAUUUCCUCUUGCUUCUACUUAACCGUACGUACGACUACUCGUAGUACGACUUAUAAAUCGUAGAUCGGCUUGGCUACACAGAAGUAUUUUCAUUUCUCGAACCCUGCUGGGUGAAACUGAAAAAGUAUCAUGUGAUUGCAUUGAUUAACCCUUGACCAACAAAGAUGUUCCGUUUCAUACUGCAGAGCCCUUCAUAGGUAAAUCAAAAGUUUGUUUUGAUGGGAAACACUGCUGUUUACUGUUGGACACUUUUCGAUACCGAAUAAACCCACAGCCCUUUUCAUUUAUGUAUGCAUUCUAUGCAUAUCAAAAAAAAUCUUGCAUAGUUCUGAAAGGAAAUCUUUCUGAUCGAUUGUUAUCAAUGCAUUCUUAUUCUAAUUAUUAUUAUGCCAAUGUUCACAACGGCACCUAUAGCCCAAUGUGAACUAUACAACUUUUUACUUUCACAAAAUUGAAUUUUCACAAAUUUGUUUUUGUUAUUUAAGAUGUUUUUGGUAACACCAGCAUUGUGUUACAAGGCUUGCUUUCAGAAACAAGUCCCUUACUUUUUUAAUAUCUUGUAUUAAUCAUUAUAUUAACUUAUUGACAGUGCGUUCCAGAAAAAUUGUGGGCCUUGACACAUCAGCGGUCAUAGCUAAACAAAAAUUCGUGUGAAACUAUUUUGUGUGUGU